GCGACGGGUGCCGCGAAGAAUGAAAUUAAAAAAAUACGUGCAAUGUCAAAAACAUCGAGGCAAGCGGAAUUGAAAAGACUGAGAAUUGCUCAAGAGAUACAACGAGAACAGGAAGAAAUAGACGUAAAGAUCAAAGAUCUGGAAACGCGCGGCGUAGAAAUCGAGAAGGAGCUCCGGGGCGAGAGUGAAACUCUCAAGAACAGCAACGCCACCAAUCUCGGUGCUAACGAUGACGGGCUGGUAAAGGAAUGGUUAGAAAUCAUGAGCAGCAUCACGCGGCUGAAGGUACGGGACGAUGAGCUGAGCAUACGGCAGCAGGAACUGCAGCUCGAACAUCGGCACGCGCAACUGAAGGAGGAGCUCAACAUGCGGUUGUCAUACGGCAAGCUAGAUAAGAACUCUUCGGACGUUGCGGCGGAGGGUGCGAUCCUGAACGAGAUGCUGGAAAUAGUCGCCAAACGGCAAGCGCUACGACCAUCGCCCGAUACGAAGGCGACUGCUGCCGCCGUUGCGGCGGUUGCUGCCGGUGCGAGCUUAUCCAACCCGACCACAACCACCUUCACUGCCCGGAUGCCUAAAGAUACUGAUAUAUAA